AACAGCCAUCAAAUUGCUCGCCAAGAAUUAAAAACGAAGAUCAUGGGUUCUGAAACACAUCCCAAGCUUCCUAUUAUAGAUUUCUCUGAGGAAAAUUUGAAGCCUGGGUCAGAUUCUUGGUUCUCUGUGUGCCAUGAUGUCAGGCAUGCCCUUGAAGAGUACGGCUGUUUCAUGGCAUACUACAAUCAAGUUCCUUUAGAACUUCACAACAAAAUCUUUAAUGCAUUAGGAGAGUUGUUUGAUCUCCCCACAGAGAUUAAAGUAAAAAACACUAGUGAUAAACCUAGCCAUGGUUAUAUUGGGCAAAUACCUGCUUAUCCUCUCCAUGAAAGCAUGGGCAUCGAUCACGCAACCAAUCUGGAAGAAAUUCAAAGUUUCGCCAAACUCAUGUGGCCAGCUGGAAAUGAGCAUUUCUGUGAAGUUGUGCAUUCCUAUACAAGUCUACUAGCUGAAUUGGAACAACUAGUGAUGAGAAUGGUACUGCAAAGCUAUGGCAUAGAGAAGUACUUUGACUCUCACAUUGCAUCAACCAGAUACCUACUUCGAUGCUUGAAAAAUCGAAUACCCAAGAUGAACGAGAAUGAUAUAGCUUUCCCCACUCAUUCAGACAAGAGUUUCAUGACCAUACUUCAACAAAAUCACGUUAGUGGUUUGGAGGUAGAUACUAAGGAUGGCAAGUCGAUUGGUUUUGAGCCCCCAUCACCAUCUGUCUUUAUAGUCAUUGCAGGUGAUGCAUUCAUGGCAUGGAGCAAUGGCAGAAUACAUCCUCCUAAACAUCGAGUCAUAAUGAGAGCAAAUGAAGAGAGAUACUCACUGGCGCUGUUUGCAUUUAAGAAUGGGAUGAUAAAAGUUCCAGAGGAAUUGGUUGAUGACAAACACCCAUUGCAGUUUAAGCCAUUUGAUCAUGUUGGGUUUAUUCGUUUCUUUCACACAGAAGAGGGUCGGAAAUCAAACUCUGCUAUCAAAGCCUAUUGUGGUAUUUGAGUCCUCUCUGCUCUAAAGAGACUGUUAUGCAGAUACACUGUGUGCCAACCGUUGGUGCUGUCUUAUGUAAUCAAGGAUGUGUAUGUUUGUUGGUUUUCUAUAGAUUUGUAUGUGUGUAUGUGUUUUCCUAGGAUUUUUGCUGUUUUUGGAUAAUUACCUACAUGUAGAUAUGUUUGAUUUUCCGAAAAUACUAGAAAAGGAAAAAAAAAUGUCAAAGAAAAUAAUUUUCA